AUGGCAGGCUACUACAGCCCUUACCCCGCUGGCUCAUCCCACCAUUGGCAUCAGUACUCGCCAUAUGUUCCUCCCCAUUACGGAUACCAGUCAGCAGGGUAUUCUCCUUUCAACAGCUAUGAACCUCAUCCUGCAGCAUUCUAUCAAACCCCUGGUCAACCUCCCGUGCCCUUGGAUGGUGCGCCAGUCCCGUUUCCCCCGCCAUAUCCUCCAUUCUUCACCCCCAUGCAUUACGCGACGCGUCUAGGUGGAACGCCCGCAACCGUCCCUCUUGAUCCAUCCCAAACUCCAAUUUGGCCGCAGAACACUCCAUUACCAGGUCCCACCCUGGUGUGCCAACCGGCUGUGGUUUCUCCAGUACCUCCACCCCCGCCUCCCGUCUGGGAAUCCGGAACGUUUCCGCCAGUUUAUCUAGGGGCCCAAGUUCCACUGCGGUUGCAUCCAAGCCUCACCUUCAACCCCCUCGAUGUUACCGAGCCUGUACUGCAAUGGGACAUCAUACAGAAACCUGAACUCGCCAGGGUUGUCAGCGGGCGACGAAUACUCUUGCCAGUCAAAUUCAACGAACCCGCCGUCACACCGAAGGUGGACAAAAUAUAUAUCACCACGCAACAACCUUACCUGACAUACUGGAUGGAGAGAUGGGGGCCGAUCGUACUAGAGAAGGCGGAUAUCACGGUAAGAGACGUCUUGGACGCGAUACACGACUAUUGGCAGAUACCAUUGACACGGACGGAGAAAAAGGAGAUUCAGGCGGUGGAUUCGAAUAAGGAGGUGAUGAAGAACGUCCGGAAUCACAGAAUCGCUCAGUCGUACGAUGGUCUGCCCGAUCUGGUCCCCACUCAUCGACAAUUCGAUUUCCGACUUCCCUUCCCAUCCUCGAUUUCGAAGUCCCUUCCUCAGGUUUCACCAAUUAUGACUGGCCGUAGAACUCUGUUUAGACGGUCCUCCAAACCCCCAAACGUCUUCGUCUUUAACAAUUAUUACCAUCGAAGCGAUAAGACGCCUGUCGCAUACACACCAUAUCAAUCGACGGCUUCCUCUUGGUCGGCUGCAGCGCAUAGCUCCACUCCCUUACCUUGGACCUCGUCAACGCUCCCGCCGCGCUCUCCUGCUGUCGUUCAACCAAGCAUACCCGCGCCACAGUUGAAUUGCAAUCGGCGCUGGCCUUCUGCUCAAGAAUGGCCUUGGUUUUACACGCCUAACGUCGCCUAUCCCGGAUGGACCCCCAAGCCAUCAUCAGCCAGUGUGAAUGCCCUCACUCCUUACACCAAAAGGGCGUGGAAGGCGACCAUUCCGAGGUCCUCAAGAACCCGUCGAAUACUCCGCGAAAACCUCCACCAGGAUCUUUGUAUCAACUAG